GCUGAGUGCCAAUCUCUUUCAGUCCCGCGCGAGCUCUACCACAGCGUCACGACUCACGAGGACCUAAUAGUGCGCUUAAUUUACAUGUUUAAGGCAAAGGAGACAGGCCACAGGACUGAACAUAAACAAAAAUGCAAGGAAAUGCCCACAAGAUGUUGGUCUGGUAAAAACAAACAAAAACAAGAUACUCCCCGAAGGUUAUCAAUAUUGGUUUAUGCUCCGUCACGUGAAGGGGGAAAUACCCCCGUGCUUGUUAGUGUUGGUGCUGGAGGGAAAGAAUGGUGGGGCGGCGGGCGAGCAAGGGUCUGUGUUGUGUUAUGCCAGGUGGCGGGUUGUGUGCGGGGGCCACUGAACCGCCGCCCGCCCUGCCUGAAACGUGUUGUUAGGGCAGUAUGCGUGUGUGUGUGUGUGUGUGAGGUCAUCGCGGGUAGUGCCUGGGUGGUGUGGCAUGGGUGCGAGAUGGUGGUGGUGGUGGGGCCUGGCACUGGCGGGGCCCGGGCAGGAGUGUCUGGGCCGGGGCACGAAGGAGGGAGAGGAGAGUGAGGAGGCGAGGAGGGGAGGGAGGAGAGCCCUGGCAGGCAGCAGUGCCGCCGCCUGCCUCGCCGACGGUCGACCCUCACUCCGCCAGCACCACCGCCCCGCCACACUCGCUGACCCCGCGUGCGUUCCGUCCCAGUGGUCACAACACAUUGGGCCAGUUUCACAGUUCCCCAUGAUGGGUUAAUAAGCUCCCAAACCAAUACCAGAGCCUUCGAAAUUUCCCUGUAUAGUGUCUGGUGUUUAUAUUUAAGUUCACAAAUUUGACGAAACUAUACACGAAAAGUCUUGUGUAUUUAGUGUGGCAUCGAAGAUCUCCCCAUUUUGGAUUGUAUGGGACUCUAUAGUUUGGUUCGGGCUGUUACGAAGACACUGUGUUGGACUGUGAAACCGGCUCAUUCAUCAGACGCUCCAAAACACACCUACACGAUAAUCACCUUGAAAAAGAUCAGCGUAGAAAUAAGGACUUUGAACGCGUCUAAGUGAAGCGACAUCCCAAGAAAACAAGCAUAUAUCAUUAUCAGCCAAGGAAGCCGUGACAAAAGUUGAUAUUUCGGACCAUGAAAGAGCCAUUGUGUACAGUGACGCUAAAAAAUGCAAGCACAACAAGUAUAUCUAAUAAUUACUAAAAGAAACAGUGUCUAAGUGUUGCGGACCUUGAACCCCAUAGUGUGAGGUCUUGGCUUUUUUAUCACUCGAGUGCCAUGACCUCCGACACUCCUCAGGGACGCGGACGCCUCCUCUGCUGCAGCUGCUGUGUUGUGGCGGUGGUGGUGGUGACGGUGGAGGCUGCGUGAAGAGUGACCUGUGUUGUGUGGCAAUGUAUGCGUGUUGGUGUAUUUGUGGCGUUCAUGCUAUACACGAUUCUUCAUCCUCGGUUGUUCUUCAGCGUGACGAAAGUGGAGUUAUGUACAUAAUAGCAAUGUUGAGUCAUUAACUUGGCCUGAAAGUAAGCCGGGUGCAUUAUAAAUCUUGGUGAUGGUUGUUCAGAUAAAGUUAGUGGUGUGGCGGUGAGCUGGUGCCUCUCAACGAACGAGACGACGAGACGACCCUUGCCAGGAUGCGUUCCUCCGAGGACAGUGCGGAUGACGAGUUCGUGUUUGUGACCAACCGAGAAGUCACGGUGCAAACGUAUGGUGCAGGCUCGACCCCCCGAGGCACUGGCCGCCUGUACCGCAAUCAACCCCGCCUCAACCAGCCCAUCCCCACCACCCUGGACUUGGACCCGCCCUCAGGCAUGCAUAGCGCCUGCGCGGCACACCCCACGGACACCACCAUCACCACCACCACUGCCCGGGCCAAGGCCACCCCGCUGCCCCCGGAGCUAAUCGAACUCCUGCCGCCCCACCUGAGGGAAAACACGAUUCCCGAUUAUUCAUCUUCCUCGAGUAUGACCGGUGCCGGGAGGAUCCCCCGACGGCCACACCUGCCGCCCUCCACCUUCCACGGCGACUACUAUAACCUGGACGCCUUCCGCCGCGGCGCCUCGCCUCACAGCUUCGAGCAUCUCGCGGAGCUGGUCAGCUCCAGCGAUGCCUUCUCCAGCGCCUCCGACGACACCUCCUCCGGCCAUGGACACACCCGCACCUCCUCCCUUCCCCUUCAGCGACCUUGUCCUCCUCCUCCUGUAUCUACCAACGCCUCACUCACCGCGCCAGCUGCUUUAGGACUGACAGAUUCCGGCAUCAGCAGCGGCGGCAGCAGCAGUAUUAGCAGCAGAAGUAGCAGCAGUAAAAGCCUUCCCAGAGAGUGCCCCAGAACACUCAACAACCGUCCUCUACAGUCGCCGUCACCUCGGUCCACCGUCGUCCCUCACAGGAGCACCGCGACGCACGGCGUGGUGGGCAGCGCUUCGCACGCCUCCAGGUUCGCCAACUCUAUUUUGUCACCAAGUAAUGAGGGACGUGGCCGACUCCUUACCCGGACGCCAUCACCGUCACCUGUGUUGACCCCCGCCAGGGCGGUCAAUGGUCAUCAUGAGGCCACGCACACCCAGCCUACGGUCUGCCACGCCCACCGCCACACAGGUGAGGGCGACAGAUGGAGACAACCACACCUCAACGGAGUAAACUCUACCACUCAUGGUUCCGCAUUCGUUCCGACCUCUAGCCACAAGCUGAUCCACACGCCUGCACCGGGCGCGGGGGUCCACCUGGCCCGCGACGACUCCCUCAACAGGGUGGUGGUGUCUACCGGCUCGGGUGUCGCCUUCUACAACGCCCAUAGAAAGGCUUCGCCCUCCCCGACGCGCGCGCCGCCUGUCUGCUGCACGCCACCUGCUGAAGCUCCUUGCCGACAUGUGAGGCCUUCGCCGCCUCCAAGUCCUGAGAUGCGGCGGGCGUGGAAUGUGAUCGGGGUUCCCGUCAGCUCUGGACAUCAUUCCGGCAGAAAUUCUCCCGCCCGCAGCAUCUCGCCCACGUCCUCGGGCCGUUUGACAAAUCACGGGCUCGGUGCCUCUCGGUCUGACCCCAACGCUAUCUACGACAACAUCCGGGUGCUCCAGCCGUCGUCACUCAGUCAGCAUCCCCACGCCCCUCCACCUUGCCGGGCGACACACUCACCCACCAUGGGUAAGCCGCCCUCCCCUCCUCAGCAGCGCCGGGCCUCCCGCUCCCCGUCGCCCGUGCAGGGGUGGGUGGUCAGCAGGCCUGGCAGCCCGCACUGCGCGCCCUGCCACCACGCCCCGCACGUGCAGCACGGCGGCUGCUGGAUCCCCGUGUGGGGCUCAUCGCCCCAGUUGUAUCCUGACGGCGGGUCUCACUACUGUCCCGGCUACGUGUACAGCACCCCGCCCUGUGCCGGGAUGUGCGGGGUCCGCAGCCACAGCUGUGACCGCCUACCCUCGCAGCCCUCACCCCCGCCGUCUCCUGUCUGCGGGCGACGGUCACCUUCACCGUGGCGGGGUGGGUCGGCGCCCCCUGUUAAUCAUCGGCACUCUCCUUCACCUGACCGCACCAAUGGGCGGCCCCCGCGGCCCCGCCGGCCGGCCCACAGGAAGGCCAAAACAAUUGAGGUGGGCCACAUAGGGUCGGCCAGCCCCAUCCCAGCCCCCGCGGGCCGCGCCACGUCCCCCAUGGGUCCCACGCCUCUCUACAUGCCCGCCUCAGCGAUUCUUUCGGCCUCACAGUCACACUUGGGCACGGCGCAGGCCGCGGGGAACUAUGGUGACAGAGGACAUUACGGCCCGUCUUCUAGGGAAGCUUCCCCUCUAUAUCAGAACCUUCGCGGGGACUAUGAGGAUGUCACGCAGGCGGGACACGGAGGAGGCGUGUGGGCCGCAGCUCCGACGGCGGCCGCCCCGCCCCACCCCCGCUCCCCCUCUGGGGCUGACAAGCAAGAGCUGAAAAAUGACUCGAAACCAAAGGUAACGUACAAAACAACAUUCUACAAGUGCAUGAAAAAUCUCCUGAAACCGACGCAAUAGCCUCUGCUCUCUGCUUCAUCUUGCAUGAGCAUCGUUUUCUACGGAACUACCGGUGCACCGAAGAGCAUGAGGACUAGUGGUAUAGUGGGGAACAUUUGUAUUAUACGGACACUUGUGACGCCAGACGCCAGCAACGCCGAGGAAACCGUUAUCGUGAGAGGUGAGUACUGCCGCUGUGAAUGUCUUGAAUGGCUGAAUCGGGGUGAUGAUAGCCUUUGGUGCAACUUCAUUACUGAUUAUGAUUGCUCGUAUUAGUGCAGCACUGUUUGAAAGCAGAAAAAUAUUGCCUGCAUACUGUUUCGAAGAAUUGAAGUAUAUAAAUGUUUUAGCAGACCUUUUGGUGAGUUAGCAGCUUCCUGACGGGUAGGCUUAGGGUGUUGACCUUGUUUACAUUAGUGGAGGUGGCUGUUAGUAAUACUCGUGUUGCCCACAAAGCCUCACCACCAAAGACACACGGGCUGGGCUGCUUUCAAUGCCUUGUGUGGCUUUGUACUGGCAGAAAAUGUUGCAGAGUUGUGGCGAAUUUCUUAUGCGUCCUGUUGCCUUUCAUCAGCAACGUAAGGGAGACGGUAUUGGUUUAAUUUACUGACGUGCACAUGUGGUCUUGGGGAGUUGUAAGGAGAGCUUUGAGUGAACCUUCAAAGCAAAUACACACGUCCAUCAAACCUUAACCCUAGACGCGCAUGUCUGGCAAGGCCGUGACACCCGCACCACCUGUAUCCGUCAGCAUGCCUCUCUGUCUGUCUGUCUGUCCGAACGAGUUUAUGGGACAUCUCGGAACGGUGGAUGAUAUGCAUCUUACUCUCUUUGAAGUUAUGCAAUACCAAGACUGAAAGAUUGCAGGAGAAAAAAAGAGGUUGUUAUUUCAUCCAUUUACCACACAUUACACUUAUUUCCCUGUGUUGGUAUAGCGGGAGGAGGAGGAGGAGGAGGAGGAGGCCUGUAGAGGGAGUGAUGCUCAAGGAAUAGGGAGAUUGCGGGAGAGCUUCCAUUUACUUCACACUCUAUUUUAUCAGACGCGUAGCAAGAUGGUGUAUGUUUUCAGCCUGGUGUUUUUAUCUCGAAGUGUAUGUGUGUGUGUGUGUGUGUGUGUGUGUGU